AUGCCUCACAACGUCCUUGUUACUGGAGCCGCCGGCUACAUUGGUGGCUCUGUCGUCGCUGAUAUUCUUUCUCGCACCGAUGAGUCGUUGAAGGAAAUCAAUGUUUUUGCGGCUGCUCGAAGCCAAGAUCAGGUCGAUAAGAUAUCCAAACUCGAAAGAGUCCAUGCCUUUCUCGUGGACCUCCAAGAUAAGCCUGCUGUGGAAUAUGCGAUUGCGAAAUAUGAGAUCGACAUCGUCAUCCAUACAGCUGGAGCCAUUUUCCCAGACAUGUUGUCAAACCUGCUCAGUGGUCUUGGAGACCGCCGCCGAGCUACCGGCAACAACACAUACCUGAUUCAUGCAAUCUUUCUAAUACCUCAGCAGUCUUCGGUUGCGUCCAUGUUUACCGAGGAAGGCGGAUGGCCUUUCGGCAAGGUCAAAGACUCUGAUCCCCUCAUCGAUAGGCAGAGGGAGCUUGGCCUUGAUAACCCUGUUCGAAAGACAAACAUUGUUCUUGCCGAUGAAGGGAAGGCCCAGGGUGUCGAGACUUUCAACAUCCCCAUCCAGCUCACUUAUGGACGUGGAACUGGCGAGUGCAGAAAGCUCUCUGUCAAUAUUCCUGCUUUGAUUCGGACGAGCAUCAAACUGAAGACGGUCCACAAGUUCGAUCGAGACUCGACUCCUGGAAAUGUACAUAUCUCCGAUCUUACGGAUCUGUACAUUCUCAUCCUCAGCAAGAUCCUGAAAGAGGAGCCUAUCGCUGUCGGAACUGAUAGAUACUUCUUCUCAAUUGCUCAUCGCAUCAGCUGGUGGAAAAUCAUGGAUAAGAUUGCAGAGGGUCUCUACGCUCACGGUCUUGUUGACGAGCCAACACCAAAGAUUUGGCCCAACUACGACGUUGCAGCUGAUGCCCUCGGAUUUCCACGAAGGUUCAUUCGUCCCAUUGGCGAUCUCGAGCCGGCAAACGGAACCGCGUUGGGUUGGAGGCCCAAGCAGGACAGCGAACAGAAGUGUCUAGACCAGAUUGAACAAGAGAUCAAGGAUGUUAAGGAGCUGAAUACUGUCAGAAUGGGGCUUUUCGACACUCUUAUCGCCGAACAGAAAUAG